AUGCCGCAGAUCGACGAGACCUUCUUCUCGGUGCGCUUCAAGUACGGUGCACACACCAUCUUGAUGUUUGUCGACGGCCAGCAACAAUUCUCUGAAAUUACCGCGUCAUUACUCGAGGUGCUCCGCGAUCGCUUUCCCGACGGCCUCACAAUCAACCACACUUCCCCCGAGACGACCGCGGUUCCCGAAGGCGAUGUGCGACUAGCGUUUGCCCUGCCUGUUAAUGCUGCCGAUUUGACGCAAGGAUGGAAGAGCAUCAAAGUCUCUGACAGCGACAUACCAGUCGCCAAGGGCUUCAAGGACAACUGCAUUGUUGCAUUCUCCUUUGACCCAGACGAGCCCGAGUUCUUGGUUGAUAUUCCGACUCUGGACGACGAGCUGGAAGAUGAGGAGGGCAUGGGAUCCGACGCAUGA